UGUGCCUUUUUGUUUAGCUAAUAAACAGUGCUAUUUCAAACUUGUAUACGCAAAUCAUGUUUUUGGCUAAGGUUUUCGUUGCUGCUUUAUUAACUUGCUUCAGAUAUACGAUCGUUUCAACUUCGAGUGAACAAGGCUGUGGGACCAUACCUCCAACUUACGAUAUUGACUUUACAAAGUUGCCGCAGAAUAUCUGGUUCCAAACUCUUCAUACACCGGAUGAAAUAUUUUCGAACAUAGUCGGUUGUCAAAUAGCAGAAAAUAUAACAAAGAUACCAUACGGAGUGAGAACGAACCUUUACAAUUAUUACGCAUCGGGACAAAUGUCAAAGAAGUUUGCAGUCCACAACGUAAAACUAUCCAGAAGGAAUGUUUAUAUUAAUGUCGGUGGGCCAGCCUACGUCUCAUCGAUGCUUGGCUCAUCCGAGUACGACAUGAAUGCCAUAGCAGAAGCUGUAGCAAGAGGAGAACUAAAGGAAGAAACCGUGUUUAUGACGGAUUAUAUGACGUAUUUAAUUGUUUCACUCUGCAAUUCCCGUGAAGGUAAAGUCACUAACUCAAUUUUUACUACUAAACCAAUAAUGAGCGCUGAAGAUAUAUUAAACAUAAGAAAUUCAUUGAUCGAAGCAAACGCAAUGACUCUACUUGAGAAAAGCAACUGUUCUGCUAUACAUUUUUGAGAAAAAGAUUGAAAACCUUCAACAAGUUGACGUAAUCUUUGAAGACAAGAACGAACAUCACGACUGCUAUAAUGAAAUAGGAGUAUUUCUUAGCUUAUACUGAACGUUUUGCUUCCAUAUUAAUCUAAUACAGUGGUGGGAUUCAGCCGGUUCUAUAGAACCGUCUCACGGAAUUUUAUGAGAUCAGCGAACCAGUUAGCAUUACUGAAAAAACAUGACUUUUUGUAACAGAACCGGUUGAAAAAUAUGUGAUGGAACCGGCUGACAAAAAAUUUGAAUCCCACCAUUGACCUAAUACCUUUUUGUCAAAUACUUGUUGUAAUCAACAUGGAUUGCUUUGUUUAACAGUGUAUCAGCUAUUCGCAUUUUACUUCAUAAAUCAAGCACUAAAUUACAUUGUUACUUACUUACUUUGGAGGCAUUGUCAUUGUCGCCAAAAUUGGUACUUACUUUCCUGUGUCAUAUAUGACGAUUUUUUCGAAGCUUGAAACGUUUUUUAGACCCUCAAGACUCCUGGAAACGUUUUCCAGCCUCCGGUAGGACAUAACAAUUCUAAAUUUCCGAACAACAGGUUGAAAAUUUCUGGUUACGCCCCUCGCUUCGAACUGCAUUUCAAAAGAUUACCAGCUUAAGUUGCAGCCUGCAUGCAAAUUUAAACUCUUUUUAAUUAAUAUAUAUCACAAUAUGCAUGAAAUUCUGUUAUAUACAUUCAAGAAAAAUAUAUAUUUGAGGGUAUAAUCAAAGUAUUUUACAACUUAGUAAGUAAUUGUCAGUAUAUACCAAGAAUUUAUAAACGGAGAUAAUAAAAACCAGGAAUUA